AUGCCGUACGAAUCUUUAGACUUCACCCAUCUCCUGAAACACCCAACAACUACCUUGGCAAAUAGCUACAUUAUCCGUAAAGCAUUGAUCCGCAAACACUAUUUACACAACACUAUAACGAGUUGGUGGAGCAAGCAUCCCAACGACACCAGUCUCAAAGGUCAUGUGCCGCUGACGGUAGGGUUUGAGGUUGAUUAUGCAGAAUUUUUAGACGAGGCGCUUGUGGAGUGUUGGGAGCUGAAGGAAAGCUGGGAGAAAGACGAAAGGGAGUGGUGGGUCUUGAAGCCCGGCAUGAGUGACCAAGGACAAGGUGUGAGGCUUUUUAGCAGUGAGGAGGAGUUGAGGUCUAUUUUCGAGGAAUGGGACGAGCCUGACAGCGAAGACAAUGAAGGUGUGGAGACUCCACCAGCUAUCAAUGGCCAGGACGUGAUCGGUGCAGGAACCAUGACUUCGCAGCUUCGACAUUUUAUUGCCCAACGAUACAUAUAUUCACCUCUGCUUUUGUCAUCUCAUGGAAAGCGGAAAUUUCACAUUCGCAGCUACGUACUCGCUGUUGGCGCAUUGCGUACGUACGUCUAUAAGGACAUGCUUGCGCUCUUCGCACCGUUGCCAUAUACCGCCCCUGGCGCCUCAUCUUCGGAUACACGUUCUACAGCCUCAGACAACCCAAUAGAUCCAAGGGCCCACCUAACCAAUACCUGCCUUCAGGAUGGCAGUCGCGAAGGCAGUGUUGUACGUUUCUGGGAUCUGCCAGAAGACGCAGACAAUCUACCGUAUCACUGGAAGAAUGACGUUUUGGAGCACAUCUGCCGCGCAACGGGCACGCUCUUCGAAGCUGCAGCGAGGGAACAGAUGAUUCACUUCCAAACACUGGAGAAUGCAUUCGAGGUUUUUGGGAUCGAUUGGAUGGUGGACGAGAAAGGCGGGCCAUGGUUGUUGGAGGUCAAUGCCUUUCCCGAUUUUAAACAGAGCGGCGAGGCAUUGAAAGCUGUCGUUCAGGGGCUAUGGAACGGGGUAGUUGGCGUUGCCGUCAAAGGCUUCUUCAAUCCUGGGGCUGUGACCGAAGAAGGGAUUGAGGAAGAGCGAUUCGGAAUGCGAAGGGUGUUGGAUGUGGAUUUGGGAAGGAGAUGA